GGCAUAAUUUUGUUCCUAAGAGAAACAAUCAACUGCUGAUUCACGUAUGUCCCCCUAAGGGAACUCCCUGGCCAUGGGAGUAGAGUAUGGUGGGCUUUUUCCCAGGCAGUCCUUAGAAGUUAGGAAACCAUUUCUCCCCAGUCUUGACCUCAGGGCCACUUACCCUUACCCAGUGAUUGCACACAGACUCCCCUCUGGCCCAGUGCUUAUCACUGUUUGCAGCCAGCAGCAGCCCAGGGGGAUGGAAACACCCACUCAGCAGUUGGCCGGGCCAGGAGGUCAGCACGUGAGCACACAGUGCUAUCUGCUUUCUAGGCCAAGGUGCACAGACAGCUGGAGUGUAGGGAGCCUUUGCCCCACUCUCCACAUUAGCCUAGAAACUAGAGUUCCCCCUCGUAGUUAAACAGGUUGCUGUGGGCGAUGUAGAGCCCUGAACUGCGCUGUGCGUCCCUUCCAUCCUCCCUCCCCCCAGAAGCACACACCCCACUUGCUCUUGAUUACAGCAUCUGAGACCACAAAGCUCUACAGAGGUCACAACUGCCCCAGGUCCUGCCUCCCUUCCCUUCUGGCUUCUGCAAACUAGCCACUAACCUGAAGGCGCCCCUAGUGUGGGGUUAGCCUGGAAACCCAAGAAAGAAGUGAAGGAAGCUCAGUACCUCUCAAGGACAGUGAACACUUGGGCUGCCUUCUUUUCUCUCCUAUCCUCCUCCUCAAGCCCAGAGUCUGCAAAACACCUGUGGGCCACUUGGCAUCAGAGCCUCCAACUUUGGGCUUUCCUGCCCCCCUUCCUGGGAAACAUUCAGACUCUGUCUCCCUGGGUACCCGCCUCCCCUCCCCUGGAGGGCGGGGCUUCGCUGCACCCACGUGUGUUGGAGUUAUAUGCUCCCAGCCGGCAGAGGAGCUGGGGAGAGUGGCACCCAGCUGGUGGUUCAGGCAGCGAAGCGGCACCAUGGCCGGCAAGAAAGUCUGCAUUGUAGGCUCUGGUAACUGGUCAGGAGAGACGCAGCGUCAUGGGGAGGGGGUGACAAGGAAGGUGGCAGGUAAAUAAUCCAGUGGCUUCUGUGACAUCCUGAGGGGGAGCACUGUCCCCUCCCCGCCACCGUUCCUCUCUCACGCCCCCACUCCUCCACUUUCUGUGCUCCCCCUCCUGCCAGGGGCUCAGCCAUCGCCAAGAUUGUGGGUGGCAAUGCAGCCCAGCUGGCACGCUUUGACCCACGGGUGACCAUGUGGGUGUUUGAGGAAGACAUCGGGGGCAGAAAGCUGACAGAGGUCAUCAACACACAGCAUGAGAAUGUCAAAUACCUGCCAGGGCACAAGUUGCCCCCCAAUGUGGUGGCUGUCCCAGAUGUGGUCCAGGCUGCAGUGGAUGCUGACAUCCUGAUCUUCGUGGUACCCCAUCAGUUCAUCGGCAAGAUCUGUGAUCAGCUCAAGGGCCACCUGAAGGCAGACACCAUUGGCAUAUCUCUUAUUAAGGGGGUAGACGAGGGCCCCAACGGGCUGAAGCUCAUCUCUGAAGUGAUUGGGGAGCGCCUUGGCAUCCCCAUGAGCGUGCUGAUGGGGGCCAACAUUGCCAGCGAGGUGGCUGAUGAGAAGUUCUGUGAGACAACCAUUGGCUGCAAGGACCUGGCCCAGGGACAGCUUCUGAAAGAGCUGAUGCAGACGCCCAAUUUCCGCAUCACGGUGGUGCAAGAGGUGGACACAGUAGAGAUCUGUGGGGCCUUAAAGAAUAUAGUGGCCGUGGGGGCUGGCUUCUGUGAUGGGCUGGGCUUUGGCGACAACACCAAGGCGGCCGUGAUCCGACUGGGGCUCAUGGAGAUGAUCGCCUUCACCAAGCUCUUCUGCGGUGGCCCUGUGUCCCCUGCCACCUUCUUGGAGAGCUGCGGUGUUGCUGAUCUUAUCACUACCUGCUACGGAGGGCGGAACCGCAAGGUGGCCGAGGCCUUCGCCCGCACAGGAAAGUCCAUUGAGCAGCUGGAGAAAGAGAUGCUGAAUGGGCAGAAGCUGCAGGGGCCCCAGACAGCCCGGGAGCUACACAGCAUCCUCCAGCACAAGGGCCUGCUGGACAAGUUCCCUCUGUUCAUGGCUGUGUACAAGGUAUGCUACGAGAACCAGCCAGUAGGUGAAUUCAUCCGCUGCCUGCAGAAUCAUCCAGAACAUAUGUGAGCAGGGCUGGGGCCCAGGCCAGGCAGCCUCUUUACCCCAGCGGAGACAGGCAGAAGCUUGGGGUGCCUGGCCACCACGAUCUCUGGGACUCCCCACACAGCAGCGUCUUCUCAGCUUUUCACUGGAGGACAGGUGCCUGUGGGCCCGGCCACCUGCCUGGAGAUCUUGAAGCACAAGCAGCCCGCAGCCUCCUGCCACCUCAUCGCACCAGAAAUGGAGUUGCCUAGUCCCUCUCCAUAUGUGGGGCUUUCUCCCUGUCCUCUGGGAGGGGUAGAAUCAGCCCCAGUGCUGCCUGCUUUGGGUAUGUGGGGGGAGGAGGGGAGGGGAGGGAGGCAAGGCAAAGAGGCCUCACAAAGACCAGGACUCCUGUCCCCAAGCCCAGUUAAUCGCUAAAGUACCUCAGCUGCAAGAGGGAUGAGGCAAGGGCUGCAGGGAGGGGUCUGGGCUUUUGGGCUGACGUAGACCUCUGCCAGGCCCCACAUGGCAUCAUUGGAUCUCUGUUUGUUCGCAAAAUACAACCCCCUUCUAGCUUCUCCUAGAAACCUCAGCUUCUUCUGAGGUUUCCUCAGAAACCUCUGGUCAUCCCCUUCCCCCUCCCCCAGGCUGCCUGGCACCAGAGUUGCUGCCACGCUGGCAUCUCUGGCCAUGGGGCUUGUCAUUCUCUCUUGGGACUUCCCAGUUCCUAGUUCUUUGCCAGCUCCUCCCCACCAUGUGUGACCUUUCCAAGGCUCUCUCACCCUCCCUGCCAGCACCCUUUCUGGGGAGCAGAACUUAAUCUGCUGACAGAGCUACACCUCUUCACAGCAGGCUCAGAUCACUCUACUCCCUGUGACCUUUGUAAUUGCCCUGCCUCCCUUCUCAGGAGCUCUAGUGGGGGGAGGUGUCAGCUGGGUCCCUCCUGCUGCUAUCUCCCCAGGACAUCUUGGAUCCACCCCUUACCUCCUAAACCCUGUCCCUAGUUCUCAGCUACCCCCAGAGCAGCCAGGGCAGCUAACCAGUUCCUGUAUCUGCAGGCCAGGGGGCCAGAGAGUGGGUAAGGGAGGAUGAGCAGGUCCCCAUCUCUGUGGUCUGAAUUCCAAGGCCGGCUCUCCUUUGUCACCUGAAGGCCUUCUCAUGAGGUAUUGACUACUUCAGCACCUCAGGAGCUGGGAAACUCGUGGAGGAGGAAAAAAAUUGAAGCCUCUGUACCAGCUGGGGUGAGGGAAGAACAGGAAGGGGAGGAGGGAGAGGAGUGUGCUUUGCAGUGGCCUUGCUCCAGGAUGGAAUGGCAGCCGGAGAAUGUCACCGGUCAGCAGCUUGGACCCCUGGCUAUAAAUAGAGGCCGAGGGCUCCUGUCACAUCCAGCAGAGGGUCUCAGCUUCCUGUGUGGCAGCAUCUGGCACGCUGUGGCUCUGGCCAGCAUUAUGUUAACCCUCCCUUACUCCUGGACAAACCAGGGAGGCAGGCUCCUCUCAGCCCCUAGCCCCUGAGAAGUCACUCUUACCAGUGAAGGGCGGAGCUGCCUGGAUCAGGCAGCGAGAGUGAGGGGCACAGUCACCCCAGAUCUGGCUGGGCUCAGGAGCUGCUUCCCCAGGAGGUCAAAGUCGGGGCAGAAAGACAGCUCCCUUCCCUAGGCUGCAGCUGCGACCCUCUUAGAUAGUCAAAAACCUUUGCCUACUUUUUUUUUUUUUUUUUGCUGUACGCGGGCCUCUCACUGUUGUGGCCUCUCCCGUUGCGGAGCACAGGC